AAAGUUUAGAUGAUAUUUCUAAUAUUGAAAAUCUUUUUACUUCGAUAGCUGCAACUGAAAUUAAUAAGGACAAUUGGGAGUUAUCUGAUAGUUCUUAUUUAGAUUAUGAAGAAGGACAAUCAAAUCUUUCAUUUAUUUUACAACCAGUAUUAAAUUCAUUAGCACCAAUUACAUCUGAUAUCUUGGAUAAUGAAUUAUUUAUUAAAAUAAAUAAUAUUAAUCAUGAGAAAGUAACUGUAAUAGUAUUAAUAAAAUUGCGACAACAGCAUAAAGCUUAUACAA